AUGCUUGAGCAACGCAUAGAUGACUCCUGGCAUCCCAUUGCAUUUGCCUCCAGAACACUCGAAAAAUCAGAACAAAAUUAUGCUCAGAUAGAACGUGAAACUCUUUCAGUCGUAUUCGGAUGUGAACGGUUCCACGAAUACCUCUAUGGUCGAGAAUUUAACGUACACAAUGAUCACCAGCCCCUAAAAACCAUUUUCUCCAAAAGCAUUGUUCAGUGUCCUCCUCGCAUCCAACGGUUCUUUCUGCGCCUACAAAAGUAUGACUUUUCAUUCGAAUAUGCACCCGGAAAGACUAUGAAGGUGGCAGAUGCCCUCAGCAGAGCCUCAUUACCUGGUCAACCGGAAAUUACCCCUGAAGAUAUUGCUCAUCAUGUUCACUCAAUCAUCAACCAGCUACCAAUCAGCCAGUCAAAACUCUCUCAGCUUCAGCGCGAAACAGCAAACGACCUAGUUCUACAAAAGCUCAAACAAUACACCGUCAAUGGUUGGCCAUCCGAUGAUAACAUUGAUAGUUCCAUGAAACCUUUCUACAGCCAGCGUCACGAAAUUGUGUACAAUCAUGACCUUCUUCUCAAAGGGCAACAAAUCAUUGUGCCGAAAUCCAUGCGUCCUGAAAUCCGAACCCUUCUUCACCAAGGACACCAAGGCAUUCAAAAGUGCAAGAGUCGAGCCCGGCAAGCAGUUUAUUGGCCUGGAAUCAACCAUGAGCUAACUGUUCUUGUCUCUCAGUGUGCAACGUGCACAAAUCAUCGCAACCGACAGCAAAAGGAAACACUGAUACCACACGACGUGCCUGACCAACCGUGGGUCAAAGUUGGUACAGAUCUCUUCUCGCUCCAUGGUCGAGACUACCUAAUAGUCGUUGAUUAUCACUCCAAAUUCUUUGAAGUAGCCCACAUUGCAAAACCCGUCGAGGCACCUGCCGUAGUUCGUGAAAUGAAGAAAAUAUUUAGUCGUCAUGGUAUCCCACAAACAGUGUUCAGUGACAAUGGCCCACAGUACACUGCCGCAUCCUUUAAACUAUUUUCACGAGAGUGGGACUUCCAACACGACACGUCUA